CAGGAUACUGGGCGGAUGAUCUUUGUAAUUCAGCUCAGCUAAGCGAUAAAGUAUUUUCUACCUCCUUUUUUCCGUGUUACGAGUUUUGUCGGUCGGUCAACCGGAAUAGGCUGUCAACUUUUUAAUACAGAGCACGAGUAAUCUGUUAAACAAUUGUGCUUUGUCUGUUUAUCCUUUCGUGCUUUGAGUUCCACAAGUUCAGUAGCAAAUUUACAUGGUUUACAAUAUGCAGCACUUCACGGCGUUCAUGAAUGUUGAAAGCACGCGGUCUUACAUUGAUGACCUGUAUUCCCAAGAUUCUGAUAAAUGUCUGUCUUCCAUAAUUUGUAUUAAAAACUCCGUAAUCGGUUCAAAUCGUCAGAAAGAAAGUGUUAUUGCCCAAGGUAUUGUACCUCGUUUGAUAUAUUUACUCAAGGAAAAGAACGUAAAGGUGUCGAUUAGAACCGAAGCGGCGGUAACUAUUGGUUCGUUAGCCAAAGGUACUGAAGAUCAUGUGGGCCUCCUGAUCAACUCUGGCAUUAUGCAAACCUUACUUGAUGUGUUAGAUGAGUCAGAUCCGAAGUUGCUUGAUGCCUGCCUUUGUUGUUUGAGAACACUCUCAAGUCAAGACUUAGUUCCCAUAAAUUGCAAAUUUAGGCUAAAGCAUUUGCAAAGGCUGCUUUUAUUAGGCGGCCCUACCGAAAUUCUGCAACGUCAAUCUUGUGUUGCUACGAUUUUGGGCUCCGCAUGUAAAACGUCGAUCGAACAAAACGCACUGUGUUCGGUAGGUGGGCCGGCAGUUUUGGCUGCGCUACUCGCAAUUGACAAUUAUUCUGUAAGGAUUCCGGUAGUCACUUGUAUAGCGAGCAUGUGUUUCAAUAACUUGGUUGUGGCCAAAGAAGUGGUUAAUACUUCCUAUAAAGAUGUGAAAGUUCCAAGUUACCUCUCAAUGCUAAUUUCAAGGGAUAAACCCGUAGAAAUGCAGUUGGAAGCAGCUAGGUGCUUAACAAAUUUGCAUCGCGCCGAAGCUAUUUCGGCAUUUGACCCUAUUAUCACUUAUAAAACGUUGCCUUGCUUGGUCAGGCUGUGUCAGCCCGAAAAUUUAGAAUCUCACAGGGCUUUGGCGGCGGAAACUUUAGCCUACUUGACCGAGGUAGACUGCAAUCUCCAGCAGGUAGCCGCCAUUAGUAAUCAACUCGUUAGCGCUCUGGUCGAUUUGUUAAAGUGUUCUAGUGUAGCCGCACGAGCUGCCGCGUUUAGGGCGUUCGCUUCUCUCGGGGCAAACGACGAAGAUAUCCGAAAACGAAUAAUCGACACUAAAUGUCUGAUGGAGAGGGUGGUCGAGGGUUUGGGCGACGUCAGCAAGGAGAUCAACUUGUCGUCUGUCAGAUGUUUGCACUCGCUGAGUCGGUCGGUACAGCAGCUGCGGACUACUUUCCAGGACCAUUCGGUGUGGAGGCCGCUGAUGAGUUUGCUGACAGACGACCCCAGUCCCGAGCUGUUGCUCGCCGCCUCGUCGACCCUUUGUAACCUUUUGCUCGAGUUCUCGCCUGCCAAGGAGCCUAUUCUGCAGCAGGGCGCCAUACAAUUGCUGUCCACCCUGACGUCUUCGUCGGAUCCCGCUUUACGCCUUAACGGGGUGUGGGCCCUAAUGAAUCUGGCGUUUCAAGCCGAGCAGAGGGUCAAAAGUCAGAUUCUGACCACUUUGGGGACCGAUCAGAUUUUCAGACUGCUCGCUGAUUCGGAUACGCGAGUGUUGAUGAAAACGCUAGGUUUGUUGCGUAACUUGGUCUCUCCACGCACCCACACCGACGCCAUGAUGGCGCUGCACGGGCCCCAGGUCAUGCAGGGCGUGGUGCUGGUGCUCGAAGGGCCCCACACUCCCGAGGUUAAAGAACAGGCACUCCUAAUCCUAUCGAAUGUGGCGGACGGUGACAGGGCCAAAGACCACAUAAUGUCGAACGACGACGUGCUGAAGAAGCUCGUGAAUUAUAUGACGCACCCCGCGCCCUGUCUCCAGGAGUCGGCGGUGUUCUGUAUAGGAAAUCUCAGCAGGCGCGGCGAGCCCGGUGCCCUGGAGCGGAUCGGGAGGCUGCGCGAGUUCGGGGUCGUCGGUAUAUUGCAGCAGCUGCUGGGCACGCCGGACACCAUCUUGUUCAACAGGGUGAAAUCGACUCUGGGACACUUCACCGAUAUCUAGGAGCGCGAAGGGUAGUUUUUUAGCAUAAAAAAGAAGGUGAUCCAAUGUGAUGUAUAGACUGACCAGAUCCGUUAAGAUUAGGGUAAGGCUGAAAUUACUGU